UUAUCCAUCAAUUCAGGCAACUUUUACCUCACCGAUGUGUACGCCACGGAUGAGACCGAAUUAUGCGAUCCAAAUCCGGUUCUAAACUUGAAUCGAAAAGAGGGCAAACGUCCGGCUGUCUUCUUACGGUUCAAGGAUAGCGAAAGCGGAGAGGUACGCGUGUAUCCGGGCAAAUUACAGGUGUCAGAGUCGUUCUGUAUAGUACCUGUCACAGAGGCAACAACGAUCGCUGAUCUGAUCGAAGAAGCGCUUCAAAAGUUCGGUUUGCAAAAUUUUAAAUCGGAAGAUUACAGAUGCAGCGAGAUUCUUCUGGAUCAUGGUGUCACCGAAAGAGUUUUGUGUCGCGACGAGAAGCCGUGGGAAAUCGUGAAGCAGCUUGGCAAAGAUUCGAUCAGGCAAAUGGAAUUGAUGCGUUUUUACCUUCAGCUGAAACAGGAUCCCCAUGGACCCAAUUUAGCUUUGUUCGUGGGAAAUUUGCCGCCAAAUCUCUCCGAAAGGAGUUACGAAAACAUGUUGACCGAAUUCUUAGGCAAAGAAAAUAAAUUCUCAUCUAUUGGUCCGAUAUACUACGAGUAUGGCUCGAUGGUGAUCAUUUACGAGGACUCGAACAAGGCUGUCACAGCGUUGUACACGUUAAGAGAAUCAAAAUACGAGGACAAACAUCUUUUAGUUAUGCUGUUACCAAGUAUCGAGCCAAGCAUGGUGCCUCCAGGCGUGCAACCUUUGCUCGUCUUCGUGAACGUGAAAUCUGGCGGUUGUCAAGGGCUUCAAUUGAUCUCCAGCUUUCGAAAACUUUUAAAUCCGUAUCAGGUGUUCGAUCUCGAUAAUGGAGGCCCGCUUCCUGGUCUCUACGUUUUCCGUCACAUAAAGGAUUACAAAAUCUUGGUUUGCGGUGGCGACGGGACAAUAGGAUGGGUGUUGCAGUGUUUGGAUAACGUGGGCCAGGAUAGCGAGUGUUCCUCGCCUGCUUGCGCCAUUGUUCCUCUUGGCACAGGGAACGAUCUUGCCCGUGUUCUGUGCUGGGGUUCCGGUUACACGGGCGACGAGGAUCCCUUGAACUUGCUUCGAGACGUGAUCGACGCCGAGAAAUCCAUGCUGGACAGGUGGACAGUGGUGUGUCACACGGAAGAGAAGGAGGACAAGCAAUCGUCCACUAAUGCGGGAGGAGCUGGUGCACCUAGCGAAGACAAUACGCAAAUAUUGGUGAUGAACAAUUACUUCGGUAUUGGCCUCGAUGCCGAUCUUUGUUUAGACUUCCACAACGCCAGAGAAGAAAAUCCGAACAAAUUUAAAAGCAGAUUGCGUAACAAAGGGGUGUAUGUAACCAUGGGUUUACGAAAAAUGGUAAAACGGAAACCGUGCAAAGAUUUGCACAAGGAAAUACGACUGGAAGUGGAUGGGAGACUCGUCGAAUUACCUCAAGUCGAAGGGAUAAUUAUUCUAAACAUUUUAAGUUGGGGUUCUGGGGCAAAUCCCUGGGGACCAGACAUCAAGGAAGACCACUUUCAAACACCAAAUCACGGGGAUGGAAUGUUGGAAGUGGUCGGAGUCACAGGUGUUAUGCAUCUCGGACAAAUUCAAUCCGGUCUCCGUACAGCGAUGAGGAUAGCACAGGGUGGACAUAUAAAAAUUCAUUUGUACUCCGACAUACCAGUACAAGUAGACGGAGAGCCAUGGAUCCAGAGUCCGGGGGAUAUCGUAGUUUUGAAAUCAGCACUGACGGCAACCAUGUUGAAGAAAAAUAAGAUCAAGCGUCGGAAUACCGAACCUUCGAUUCCACCCGCUAAUGGGGUGGGGGGCAAGAGCACGGACGAGUGUAGCAACAAAAGCUAGAAGCCGCAGUUUCCGCGCUCCUA